GUGUCUGGAAAAAUGAAGUGUGGAGCAGCAUACUGAGUACAAGUGGGGGAAGACAUGGCAUGAACACAGCCUUAUACUGUUUAGACAAGCUUUUACUGUGCGCGCGUUGGAAACUUAUUUUGGAAACCGUCUCUCUGCAGGCUUUUGGACACUGAGAGGUUUACCGAAAACAACAAUUAAAAGAAAAAGACAAGAUCUCCCGAAGUCCGUAAAGUAACACAUUGCUAUUUGGCUCCCCAAACGAGCCAUUCGUGUUGGUGCGUUUGCUUCAAAUAAGGAUACGUUGGUGGACAUGUGAAUUUUAAAGGAGAUAACCGGCAAGCACAACAAUGAAACAAGCGACUGUCCUGCGGUGCAUCGACUUUUUCCUGACUUGCUGCUUGUUUGGGUCGAGCUCGUCACAAUCAGUAUGUGCUGGCACAGAAAACAAGCUGAGUACGCUGUCAGACUUGGAGCAGCAGUAUCGCACCCUGAGGAAGUACUACGAGAGUUGUGAAGUCGUAAUGGGCAACCUGGAGAUCACAAGCAUUGACCACAGUCGGGACCUCACUUUCCUCAGAUCUAUUCGAGAAGUGACAGGCUAUGUGUUGGUGGCUCUGAACCAAUUUGACUACUUGCCUCUGGAGAACCUGAGAAUCAUCCGAGGGAAUAAGCUGUACGAGGACCGCUACUCGCUUGCGAUCUUCCUCAACUACAGACAUGACGGAAACUUCGGUCUGCGUCAGCUGGGUCUGAGGAACCUCACAGAGCUCCUGAGUGGCGGUGUGUAUGUGGACCAAAACAAGUUCCUGUGUCAUGCAGACACCAUUCAUUGGCAGGACAUUGUCAAAAACUCGGGCGUGUAUCCUGUGGUGGUGCCCAGCAACAGCAGUGUAACAUGUCAGAAAUGCCAUCGCUCCUGCAAUGGUCGUUGCUGGGGACCCAAAGAAGACCAGUGUCAAACCUUAACUAAGACAGUGUGUGCGGAGCAAUGCGAUGGCCGUUGUUUUGGUCCCUAUGUGAGUGACUGCUGCCAUCGUGAGUGUGCAGGUGGCUGCUUUGGUCCAAAGGACACUGAUUGCUUUGCUUGCACAAACUUUAACGACAGUGGGGCUUGUGUGACCCAGUGCCCCCAGCCUUUUGUGUACAACCCGACCACCUUCCAGCUGGAACGCAACCUCAGGGCAAAAUACACUUAUGGAGCCUUCUGCGUCAAGAAGUGUCCGCAUAACUUUGUGGUGGAUCAGAGCUCCUGUGUGAAAGCAUGUCCCAGUAACAAGAUGGAGGUGGAGGAGAACCGCGUCAAGAUGUGCAUCCCUUGUACUGACAUCUGCCCAAAAGCAUGCGACGGCAUCGGCACUGCCAGUCUACAGACAGCUCAGACAGUCGACUCCAGUAACAUCGAAAAGUUUGUCAACUGCACCAAAAUAAAUGGAAAUUUGGUGUUUCUCAUCACUGGAAUCAAAGGGGAUGUCUACCAUAACAUUGAAGCUUUGGACCCAGAAAAACUGAAUGUGUUUCGCACUGUUCGGGAGAUUACAGGCUUUCUGAACAUCCAGUCUUGGCCCGACAACAUAACAGACUUGAGUGUUUUCAGCAACUUGGUUACAAUUGGGGGAAGAUCUCUCUACAGUGGGAUCUCCCUGCUGGUGUUAAAGCAGCACGGCAUCUUAUCACUUCAACUGCAGUCUCUCCGAGAGAUCAGUGCCGGGAAUGUCCACAUUGCAGAGAACAGCCAGCUGUGCUUCUACAACACGGUCAAUUGGACUCGACUGUUCCGUGCUGCAAACCAGAAAGCUUUGACUCGCAAUAACAGAAGCCCCCUGGAGUGUACCAAGGAGCAUAUGGUGUGCGACCCUCUGUGUUCCAUCGCCGGGUGUUGGGGUCCUGGCCCGGACCAAUGUCUGUCAUGCCGGGAUUUCAGAAGGGGGCAAACUUGUGUGGAAAACUGCAACCUUUAUGAAGGGGAGAUCCGAGAAUAUGCCAACGGGUCGGUGUGUGUGGAGUGUGAUGCCCAAUGUGAGCGAGCUGACGACGACUCUUUGACCUGCCGCGGUCCGGGCCCAGAGCAUUGUAUGAAAUGCCUUCAUUUUAAGGAUGGCCCAAACUGUGUGGAAAAGUGCCCUGACGGCCUGCAAGGAGCCAACAGUUUUAUCUUCAAGUACGCGGAAAGCAACAACGAGUGUCAUCCUUGCCAUGCCAACUGCACACAAGGGUGCACUGGACCAAGACUUCAAGACUGUAUUGGCUGGAUGGACAGAACUCCUCUGAUCGCAGCAGGGGUGAUCGGCGGCCUCUUCAUGGUGGUUAUCAUUGUGCUGAGCGUGGCGGUAUCUGUGCGCCGGAAGAACAUCAAGAAGAAAAGGGCCCUUCGUCGCUUCCUGGAGACGGAAGUAAGUAAGCUGGUGGAACCUUUGACACCCAGUGGGACAGCACCUAACCAAGCUCAGCUGCGCAUUCUGAAAGAGACAGAACUAAAAAGGGUCAAAAUCCUCGGUUCUGGGGCCUUUGGGACUGUUUACAAGGGUAUUUGGGUUCCAGAGGGUGAAACAGUCAAGAUACCCGUUGCUGUUAAGAUCCUAAAUGAAGCCACUGGACCAAAGGCCAACGUGGAAUUUAUGGACGAGGCCCUGAUCAUGGCUAGCAUGGAGCACCCUCACCUGGUGCGUUUGCUGGGUGUCUGCUUGAGUCCCACCAUCCAGCUGGUUACGCAACUGAUGCCUCACGGGUGCCUUCUCGAAUACGUCUACGAGCAUAAGGACAACAUCGGAUCCCAGCUGUUGCUCAACUGGUGUGUCCAGAUUGCCAAGGGGAUGAUGUAUCUGGAGGAGCGUAGGCUGGUCCACAGGGAUCUGGCAGCUCGCAAUGUCCUGGUGAAAUCCCCCAACCAUAUCAAGAUCACCGACUUUGGCUUGGCCCGCCUGCUCGAUGUUAAUGAGAAGGAAUAUAAUGCAGAUGGAGGCAAGAUGCCCAUUAAAUGGAUGGCCCUGGAGUGUAUUCACUACCGAAAGUUUACUCAUCAGAGUGAUGUUUGGAGUUAUGGGGUAACAAUAUGGGAGCUGAUGACGUUUGGAGGGAAACCAUAUGAUGGAAUUUCAACCAGAGAUAUUCCAGACCUACUGGAGAAAGGGGAGCGCCUCCCCCAGCCACCCAUCUGCACUAUUGACGUCUACAUGGUCUUAGUCAAAUGCUGGAUGAUCGAUGCAGAUAGCCGACCCAAAUUCCGAGAGCUGGCAGCAGAGUUUACCAGGAUGGCCCGUGAUCCGCAGCGAUACCUCGUCAUUCAGGGUGAUGACCGUAUGAAACUACCCAAUCCCAACGAUAGCAAGUUCUUCCAGAGUCUCCUGGAUGAAGAGGAGUUGGAAGACCUGAUGGAUGCUGAGGAGUAUGUGGUGCCCCACACUCUAAAUUCCCCACCUUUGACGUACACCUCACAAACACGCUUGGAUCCCGGCAAGAUCGCCUACCAGGACCCGAAUUUUAGUCGGCAAGACAUGCUAGCCACCCUCCCAAGAGUCCCCCCCGUUACUGGAGCCUGCAUUGUGUCCCAAGAUCCGGCCUUAGUAGCACAGAGUGUUGGUGGAUUUGCCCGUUCCAAACAUGAGGAUCCACGGUGUAACGGCACCCUGAGGAAACAGGCCUCUCCGAGAUCAAGUGUCCUUGUAGCUGGCUCAGGCGUCACUGCAGGACAAGGUGGACGAGAGGACUGCAGUGGGCAGCGUUACAGCUCUGACCCGACUGCUUUCCUGGCAGAACGAGGAGGCAAAGGGGAGAAGGAACAGGAGACGUAUACUGCCAAGAAGAGUUCAGACUUUAUCAACCCUGUAGAAGAAAACCCUUUCAUUACACGUCGGAGGAAUGGUGAAGCUCAUGCAGUGGUUGAUGGAGCAGGCUGCCACACUCUGCACAUGACAGGAGCAUCUUCUGCUGGUACCACCGCUGCAGCCGCCUCCAAUAGCCACUCCACCCACAAGAACGAUGAGUAUGUCAACGAGCCACUUUACCUGAAUACCUUCCUUAACCCCGGGGACAAGAACGCAUACGCUUCUGCGGUCUCCUUCUCUCUCCCGGGGACUUCUGCUGCCCAAACAGUAUCACAGACAGUCAACAAAUCAACAUCGAGCCACGCGGCCGCCUCCUCCGGAUAUGUGCUCGCCCCCGCUCACCUCCCACACCCGUACCCAUCACACACCCUGCACCCGGGGCAUUCGGGACAUGCGAUGCACUCAGGCAUUACCGGUGGCACCAUCAUGUUUGAUAAGAAAAGCAAGAAAGCCACUUUUGACAAUCCCGAAUACUGGCAGCACAGUCUCCCCCCAAAAACAUCUCUACACAAUCCGGAGUACCUGCAGGACUGCAGCACACGCUUCUUUUACCGACAGAACGGACGCAUUCGCCCUGCUGUUGCCGAAAACCAGGAAUACUUGUCCGAGGCGGCUAUGAAAGCCGGUAAUGUGUUACCACCCCCCCCUUACAGACAAAGGAACACAGUGGUGUAGUCGCCCAGCUGUAGCACAUGAAAAAGACGGAGGGGGGUAAAGGAGAAUGAAUGCACCCCUUGUGGACUUCUCUUUGUGAUUUCAUUUUUGACUGUAAGACUGAGCCUCACACAACUCAUCCAGCUCUUUUCUAACCACAAUCCAUAGGGUUUCCUUGUUUUAGGCAGUGACAUGUCCAGAAAUUCCAAUAGUAAAGCCGGAGAACCAGUAUUUAAAAACAGCAGGAAAAGGUACAAAGAUAGCCCAAAGAGAGGAUCAUUGCUACGACUUUACUUGUAUUAUACUUUUUCUGAACACUACCAACCGAGUAGAAAUUGCUCAUGGCAACAAACACAGGUAAGACAUUGCUUGUGUGUAGCUUCAGAAACUGAUGCAAGCCUGCAGAGUUAUGCCGUGACUCGCCGUGCAAAAAGUUGCAGUCAUGUUAAAGAGCCCAGAUGUUGCAAACCCACACAAAGCUCUCCCAUGUUCUUGCACCAGUAAUGGAAUUCAAAUAUUUAUCACAUGCCGCUCAUAUAAUUAUUUUACACAUGUGCUGCCAGCCUUGACACACCAGUGUAAUUACCAAACAUGAAUUCAUGGAAGUAAAUACAUUCACCUUGUCAGAUAAACCCUCUGCCACUUGAAAUGUAUUCUGCAAGGGGAGUGCUGUUAACCUUCAGGUGGAAGACACUGUCUGUAUAUAAAGGCACAGGUGCGGUACAUAGAAAGGGUCGUCACUGAAUAAAUGUCACAGCAGUUUCAUGGAAAAUGGUAGAAAGCGUAAGGUGAAUGUUGCUUAUAUGGUUACGUUUGUUAUCCUGUUGAUUCUACUGCCAUCCACAUCAACCGUGCAUCUUAGUGACUACUUAGGCUGGAUUUACACUACAGACCAGUUGCUUAAAUUAUAAGAAUGUACAGUUUGCACUGUUGGAUCUUAAGGAGGUUCUUAGUAUAGCUUAAAAUGGAAAAAGAAUAAAUGGGACUGAGAUGGAAAGUUUUAUUUGAGUAAACAAGCAUUAGAGUGGUACUAAUGGCUUCCAGCAUUACUGCGAGAUCUCACCUGAGAUGUUUUCCACACAGUAUAGCGGAGUGGCCACCAUUUUGAUAUGGGCUGCUUUUUCCUUCUACGGAACAAUGGCUUUUCAGGUUGUACAGGGGCAUCAAACGGCUCCUGGCGAUGUGGAGAUGUUGGAGGGGGAAACAUGACUGAGAAACCUCAUGACUGGCUUUUUCAACAGGACAAGGCUGCAGUUCACAAUGCCCGCUGGACAAAGGGCUGCUUUCAGAGGAGAACAUUUGGGGAUGCCAGCAAAUGCUCUCCACUAAAGCCAUCUUCACCACCUGGAGCAACAUUCCCACAAGCCUCCUGCUAACAUGACAUCGAGCAUACCCAAACUAAUCUUUGUGAUUAACAAGAACGGCAGGAGUCCUUUUUUGAUUAUUUUAUUUAUAAUUUAGGGCGGUUUUGUUCUAAAACUUUUGAUCGACUGAGGAACAGUUAUAUUUUUUUGUGGCGCUUUUUGCAUUUUGAAGCUCUACUUAGAACCUUCAUAAGAUCCAACAGUGCAAAAUGUAAAUUGUUGCACUUUUGUUCUGAAAAUUUUGAACAAAAGUGCAUAAAAGCUACAUUAUAUCCCUAUUUUUUGUUCUAUGUUAUGUUCUAAAUUUACCAGGGUAUGGCGAGUGAUUGACACCCCCAUACAAACCGAAAAGGGAUUGUACUAAAGCACAGAUUGACUAGAAUGGAGGCCAAUAAUGGUACAUGUCGAUUAGUGAUUCACUCUUGACGUGUGAGUGUGCAUGGUGUGUUGACAUGAAAUACUGGAAUACAAGGCAGCGAUGAAAUCGGAUCUUCUGCGUCAGACGUAAUGAAUUUGACAGAUGAAAAUAAAGCUUCCAACAUGUCUGUCUAGACCUGUCAUGGCGAAUCGAGAAAUCGCUGAGACGCAUCUGCAGUUUGAGGAGGAAGGGGCGGUGCUCGUUUAUUCAAUGACCAUUACAUAACCAAUAAAAAUUGAUGUGGCAUUACCAGCAGUUUCUCCUUUGGACAUGUUCCCAUCAACAAGAAAGAGGUUUUCGGAAGACCCGGAACUUACGUAUGUAGUAGUUGCACUUCAUGCUAACUGUUAAGCAACCUGAGGUCAAGUUGACCUUUCCUUUAGUGCAGUUGGAGUCCACAGAAAAGAUUAAUUCUUCAAUAUUCGGAGUCCCCAAACCCUCGGAACUGACAAAAAUAUCCCUUUUUUUUAUCCCUGUGUUCCCUUUGCUGGGAAACUUAGACUUCCUCCUAUUUUUCUUACUCUUUUGCUUUGUGUCUUACCCAUAAGCCAGUCAGCAUGAAUACAUAUUUGUACAGUAUCUGUCCUUUAUCGAUUUGCUGCACUGUUAUUCCAUGGGGGUGUCACAUGUGAGCAUUGUUGCAAAAUAUCCCAUUGGAUGUGGGUUUCAGUUUCUCUUUGCCUCACAUAACUAUGGUGUUUAAGGACCCUCAAACAUAGUGUAGCAUCUCAGCACUCGGCGAAAAAACAUAAUCAGUGAGGCCUGAUCAGUGAUCAGUGAAGACAGAUAUAUGUAAACAUUGUAGGCUGGUACAUGUGUGCUGUAUAUUUUACCUGUAUUAUCUAUUAUUUGUAAAUUCUUACUGACUUGGGGUGAAUGCAGUGUGUUUUCUGCAGAAAAAUCGUAUUUUCUGCGAAAAAAAAAAUUGCUUGACUGAAAAUAUGCACAUUGCGAAUGUGCGGCGAUCCACUGUAUAUUCGUUAUCACAAUAAUCACAUGUAUUUUGCGUGUCGACAGGGAAAAAGUGGCUAUAGGCACUAACUUGGAAUUGGCCAUAGUGAGCUGCAGUGUAAAUCCAGUUUGAGUUAAUCCAGGGAGAGCUGUAUCAGGGAAUAGACAUUUUUAUAAGCACCUCUGAACAGGGAAUACUUCAUUCUUGAAGUUACACUCAUUUUUAACUAUGUUGAAUUUAUCAAACUCUAAUGAAAGACAAAGUAUAUAUCAGACGUGAAAUAGAAGAACAGGGAUAGUAAAGCCAGGGGAGAAGAUAAAAGUGCAGACGUGAGUAUUAAGACAAUUAUAAGUCAUUAAGCAGACACCAAUUUGGAACAAAAACACAUUUGUUCAGUCAAUUACCGAAAGUAACAAUGAACCAUUUGGUCACGACAUGAUACUUCAAACAAGUCACAGUGACUUUUUCCACAUGUCAGGGAAUCAUCCACAUUUUCUAAUAAUGCAUGGCUCUUAAUGAUAAAACACAAAUUCUAGUGUUUGUAUUACAUAACUUGUUUGCUCUUUGGUCAAAAAUUCAAAAAACACAGUUGAGUUGUGUCUUUCAUAACACACUCCACUCAUUAUCAUCCACUUUUUUCACUUUUGAAAAAAAAAUGUUGGUGCCUGCACAAUAUGUUUGUCCAGGAGAUGACUCAGACGGGUUUUGUCAUAGUUUAGUUCUCUGCUUUUAUGGGAGAGCAAUUCAUUGGGCUCCAGCUUGGCUGCACGCUGGGGCUCCAUUAAGAGUUAACAUGUUUUUCAAUAGAAAAGCCCAUGUAACAAUAUUAGUGGAGAUGCUUGAUACUCACUUUCUUACCAAAGCAUAGAGCAGUGGUGUCCAAAGUGUGGCUUGCAGCUGUGCAAAGCAACAAAAAUGGAAAUUUUCAGAAAAUAAAGUCAAAAAUAUUAUGGGAAAAGUUGUAAUCCAUCCAUACAUUUUCUAUACAAGCAUGAUGGAGCCUAUCCCAGCUGUCUUCGGGCAAGAGGUGGGGUGCACCCUGGACUGGUCGCCAGCCAAUCACAGGGCAAAACUGAGAAUUGAAAGCAGAAAGAUUAUGUUUCCACCCAGUUUUGAACUGGGGACCUUUUGGUUGUGAGGCAAACGUAAUAACCAAUAAACGAUGGAAACCACAAAUUGUAAUCUAGAUUGGUAAUUUCACAAGACUACCAUAAUAAUAUGAGAAAAAAUUACAUAAUUUAAAUAUGAAAGAAAAAGACAUUAUAAAAGACGUUAUAAAAGUCAUAUUAUGGGAAUAAAGUCAAAAUAUGAGAAUAAACUCAUGAAAAUGUGCAAGAACAAAGAUGAAAUUGUUGGGAAAAAAAGCAUCAGCAAUGGAAAAAAAAUUAAUGUUUUAAAAGAAUACAAAUUAAAUAGGUCAAAAUAUUGAAAGAAAAAAGGCAUUUUCAGAUGCUUAAAAUAUAAACUUAGAAUAAAGUUGUAAAGUUAUGAGGAAAAAUUAUGUUUUUAAUAGAAUAAAGUCGUGAAUAGCAAAGAAAAAGGCUCUAUACAGCUGAUGACUUCCUUAGUAUAUGGGCGUAUCCUGGUGCAAGCUGUACAAGAUGAGUAGGACCAAUCGCAUUGGAGUAGGCAUGACUGAAGGUGGACCGUGGGUGGAAUAAAUAAAUUUUUUUGGAAAUCCAAGGAAAUACAGCAGGAAAAGGUUCUGGAAGCUCUAGAAAGCUUUCUGUGUAGUUCUGCUUUCAAGUGUAGUUGCGCUAUAGGAGUCCACAAUUCAAUACAAAGGGCUGAAAAUGAGCAUAAAAAACACCCUUUAAGUCAUAUAUAAUAGUCAUAUCACUAUAUAAUAGUCAAUAUUAUGAGAAUUGAACAAAAUAUAAUUUGGGGGAAAAUUAGGUUUGAGGAAAAAGUUAGGGAUGAUUAUGGGAAUAAAGUCAUACUGUGAGAAGAAAAUUAUUUAAGAAAAAAAAAAUUCAAUAUUUUGGAAAUCAAAAAAUAUAUGUGUCAAAAAUUGGGAAAAUGUGACUUAUAUGCUGUUUCACCUUUAUUACAAAGCUGAGAUGCAGUUUUUAAAUGAAAUGCAUACAGUACAACUUCUUCGCAUAUCUACGUGUGUUGCUUUACUAAAUAUCCUUUCAUUUUUCAAUAUGUGGAUAAAGUUUGGACACCUCGUGAUAGAAGGUCACAAGCAAGGUUCUUCACCUUGCAAGGAAAUAAAUCACACAGUAGUAGAAAGCUUUUUCCUCAAAGCGUUAGCUGUUACAAGGGCAAAGAUGCGGUAUUUCCAUUUUCAGUUGUCCCAAUCAUUAUCUCUGCUACUUGAGUUCUUAAUGUAUAGUAAAUAUGUGCAAAGAAGACCUUCUUUGCUUUCAGAGUCAAAAGUCAGUUAUGUAAGUCACUUUUCACCAUCCACUAUACAGCCCUAUUAGGACGCAUGUGUAUAAGUGCAGUGACAGUCAUUGAGAGUCACCAUAAAGCUUCAUAAUGGAUCUUAAUGGAAGACAAAAGCCAAUCAGCUGGAAGAGAAUACCUAUGGAAGCUCUCAUGCAGCAAUGGGGGCUUUUAGCUUUCGGAAUGCAAAUUCAACCACUUUCCUGCGUCGUUCUGCAAGGGGAAAUGUGUAACCCAACAUCUCACACAGAAACCCUUCGACAACAAGCACUAGGUUGCAAUCCCGCAGCCGGUAUGACUAACAUAUUGGCAUUCCACAAAUGUUACCAGAGCAAUGCAUCAAUGUUACAAAGGCAAAGGGUGCAAGUGUGCUGUCAACUGGUGGUGUUGACCUCACGUGACUGGAGUUCCUCUCGCCUCCUUUGAGGUGACGGCAGAAUUGCAUGGAGAAAAAAAUGGCAGCUGGAGUAGUACCAACAGAAAAGCUUGAAGGGAAUACUAAAAUACAUUGGAAAUUUGGAAAAAUUUACAGUAUCGGUCAAUGUUCUUUCAUUUUGAUUUCUAGCUGUAAUACCCAGUCUGCCGACAAAAAGAAAUAGCCACCGUUUUUCAGGUAUUUCAGGUCCCUCCGAAACCUUCCCCCUCUCCUGGAAAAAGUGAUGGAGAAGUUCAGAAAUUUCAUCCAAAAAGAACAUUGGUUAGUGUGAUAAACCAUCCACAAAUUUGAACGAUCCUGUCGUUUAAAAGAUCACAAUGGAGAAUCAUUGGGAACAGGAAUCAAAACAAGCUAUGUGAAUGGGAAUCAUUCAAAUUCAAAUGAUGCACAACUCUAAUGAAUGUACAUAAAGCAUUUAAAUUGUCCAUAGGUAUGAAUGUGAGUGUGAAUGGUUGUUUGUCUAUACGUGCCCUGUGAUUGGCUGGCGACCAGUCCAGGGUGUACCCCACCUCUUGCCCAAAGUCGGCUGAGAUGGCCUUGAGCAUACCCCCAUAACCCGAGUGAGAAUAAGCAGCAUAGAAGCAGGAUGGAUGGACUUAUAUGAAGUAAAAAGGGUGUGUGGUCCUGUGCGCUCUUAAAUAGCGAUUCAUUCUUUGGAUUGGAUUACGUGUGCCGUUUAAGGUUCCACUGUCAUCUAGAAAUGGAAAAAAAACAGAAUCUCCUGUAAGAAGAUCUCUUCAGUAUCUUCCGGGAGAAGAACUCCCUUUCAGGACUGAGCAUCUACUAACUCAAAUUUUUGUGUCACUUUAUUGGGUUCAUCUAAUUUCAUUUGGAGUAAUUAAAAUGUGGAUGGAAGAUUGACAGGUGAGGUCACACAGGAGACAAUGAUGUUCAGUGAGAGCAAGGUGAUGGAAAACCUGGAUAGGUGGACGAAUGAGCUGGAGAGGAAUGGAUGUCAGUCAGAAUACCUGAAAGGGUAGAGAUCAGGAAUGUGGAGAACUUUAAGUACUUGGGAUCAAUCGUUCAGAGAAACGAGUGUGGAGAAGAGGGUCAGCAAUCCUCUGUGACAAAAGAGCAUGAGGAAAAGUGAACGGAAAGAUUUACUGGACGGUACUUGAUGUAUGAUCCGGACACGGCAGCUGUCCCCAACAGACAACAGGCAGAGCUGAAGAUGCUUGGGAAUGAUCAUUCAUGGGAAUGAUGAGAAUGAACAGGAUUAUAAAUGUGUGAUGAUAUUAGGGGAAGGUUGCUGGAGAGGAAAAGAAGAGAAACAGUGAUUUUUCCAGAUGUGGUUAGAUAGUACAUAAAGGUGGUAGUUCUGACAGAGAAAGAUGCCAAAGACAGGAACGAUUGUUGGGAGUGAAAUUAAUUUUUUUGUUUCCAUUUUAUAACAUGUAAGAGUCGACAAGGAGGGGAAAAAGGUGCAAUGGCAUUUUAUUCAUUUUUCCUGAAAUCAGAUUGAAUCGUUAUUAGACAUAUCACAGCUUCCAAUAGGCUCCUAACCUGUUUUAGUACAAAGUAAACAUUGUGCUUUACAGGGUAUUAUUAGUGUGUUCAUGUUUUUUUCAAUUUUCAAUUUUUUUUCAAUUUUCAAUUAUUAGUCAAAUAGACUGCAUGGAGUGACAUUAUUACUUAUUUUUAUCCAGGCAAAGUCCUGAGUGGAUUGCAACCAACCAAUGGAGAAUCACUGCUCGAUACGUUUCUCUAAUUGACUUGAUCAGUUACUGUGUGUACUGUCUCUCAGUUGUCAUUUGAAUGCAAGGCCGGCUCCUGGUAAAAAAAAAAUCGAUGCGUUUGUUUAGGGCCACACGAUAAGAAAAUCAAUUUAGAUGCACACUCUUAAUAUUUUCAAUAACUGGUGGCAUUUGAAGGGAUUAGCAACGUAUAAAAUCAAACCACAGUGAUAUUAACAACUGAAAUGGGACCACAAACAAAAUCUGCUUGAAAGACUUCAUUCAAAGAGCAUUAGUGGUGAUUUUGCAAAGACCAUCAUUACAUUGACUAAACUGAGCUUUGUGUGUUUACGGCUGAUGUGAACGAUGCUGGCAAGAGUGUGACUGUUGCUGCAACAAUUAAUUCCUAAUUAAACGAUCAAUUUUGGUAUUUUAUAAAAAAAAAAUAUAAUUUCAAAGUUGAAAUAUCCUCUGUCUCUCAAAUUUGAAUAUUUUUUAAAUCUCCUUACUCCAAAUAUAACAAAAGAGUCAGAUUAAUCGACUAAGAAAUUAAUUGUCAAGUCAUUAGUUGCAGCUUUAAAGCACUGAUUAAAUGCAGAUUUGAUUACUUGUCUUUAAAAAAAUUAAUAAAUCAACGCUCCAGCCAUAAAAAUGACUGAAAUGUCCAUACGUCCAUAAAAAGGCCUGUGGAUGGUUUAUCUCCCCAAGUGGGGCAGAGCUACUUUAUUUAGAGUGUGUACUCAAUUUCUAAUUUCUAUAGCUUGAUUAUUCAUAUCACAAGCACGUGGAAAAGCACAUACUACCACAUCUGUGAGAAGGUGGCUAACCUAGAAAUAUUACUGUCUGUGUACUAUUGGACUUAGCUGAUGUUUUUUUUUUUAUUUUGUUUUUUUUUUUAUACCAGAACCCUCUGUGAUAAACAUAUUCCUAGUGUGUAUGUGACUGACUUUUAAAUUAUGUAUACUACAGCGCCAUCAAAACAGGGGCAGAUGACCAAGCACACUUUUACAAUGUAAUUAAUUACUACAAUGUAAAUUGCAUCAACAUUUUUGUUAUAGCCAAAUCACAUAAGAACACCAUAUAGUUUGUAUUUUCAUAGGGGACAGCUGUAAAUAGGGUAAUGAUGCUCCUUUUUCAAACUACUGUAUUUCUCUUUGCAUUUCAGUGACUUCUUUGCGAAACACAAUUUGUGUAAAUAGCUAUACAGUAUACAUAUAUGCAGUAUAUAUAUAUUAUGUACAUGUAAUUUGAAGACUUUUUCAAAUGCUUGUCUCUUUAGCGCAUCAUCCCUCCUGUGAUUGUACUUGCAGUACAACUUGGUGAAUUUUGACCUCUGCUCUUGCUCACUUUGAGUAAAAAAAAAAAAAAAACUCAUUAUUGUUAAUGUGUGUAUAAUAUGCUCACAUAUCCGCCAUAUUCAUCUCAGUAAUAUUCACUUCUCGGAUGUGUAAUAUAUUUUGUACCCGAUUUUCAAAAUGGAUUUACUAACAAAUAUUGAAUAUAUAGUAUCACUUCUCUUUUACUCACCAAUGUCACUUUAUGCUCUGAUAUUUAAGGACCUAUGAUUUGUUUUGCUGACUAUUUUAAUUUCAAUUUGUGGAUAUUUUUGGAGGUUACAAAAAGAUUCAAUCUGAAUUAUAAUUGAGGGGGGUCCCAAACCCCCCAAAACUGCAAUAUACUGAAUUGGUCAUUUAUGUACAUCACUGGUCUCUUACAGCUUGAAUAAUUGUUUAAAUAUUUUUUGUACACCAUAUCAUGCAUUCAUUCAUUAUUACAGUUUAAACAAGGGGUCUCAAAUGCAACAUACCCAAGAGCCGCCGGUGGUACAGUCUGGGUGAGGCUGGGCUACAUCGCCAAAACAGAACUUCAAUACAUCAGAAACGGCAGAAGGUCAUGACUCAACGUAACAGUCUGGCCCAUGGUAUCAUAAAAGAAAUAAUGCUCUAACCAUCACACAGCGACUUAACACACACAUACACGACAACUACUACUACUAGUGUAGAAUAACAAUUUUGAGCAACUAUUUUGGGGUGACAUGGCUUGCUGGUGCAAUCCUCCUUCCCCCCAUGCUGAAGUAUUCUUGCAUGACAUGCACUAUUUACAUUUAUAUGUAUUUUUACCCAUAGUGGUAGUAGUAAUAGUUGCCCUUUGUAUGUGUUUGCACCACGAUUGUGGUUCUGCCGUGUACCUCCCCUAUUCAUUUCACUAUGACAAGCUCACAACAACUUCAGUGUUGACUAUUGCUUACUCAGUUGAAGAGUCUUCUCCUUUAAGCAAGCUGACAUGACACUUUGAUCUUAAGGGCCAUUAAACAUUUCCGCAAGUUUGAGUCCUCUGGUCUAAACUGUGAAGAAGGUUAUAAAUUUCACAACCAUUUCAUGGAUGCACAAUUUUCCAAACAGACUGAAGCACAACUUGUAAAUAGAGAAAGUGCAAGGAAGCAAUUACACUGUAGGCUCAUGACUACUGAGAUUCUGUUUCAAUGUUAUUGUCAAGAGCAAAAAAAAAAAAAGUUUGGUUCAAUGUAAUGUUUGUAUAUGCCUAAUAUGGUACGCUUGGUUCUGUACUGAUAUCACUACUGUUAUUUGGAAAUUGUGUUUGCACAGAUUAUUUUGGAAGCAAACCUAAUCCCACAAAAAAUGUCUAACAUAUUCAUUUACAGCAUUUUAAAAUCCACAAUUCGAAAGGAACUCAUGAGAACUGUCAUUCAUGUUGUUGUUUUGAUAAUUAGAAUGAUUAAAGACUACUUUUUAGGUCAUUGUUUCUUUUCACUGCCUUUCCAAAAAAUAAGAGCGAGAUAUACUGUAUACUGCAACAAUGUAACCACACGGUUUUGUUACAUGAAUCUGUCAAAACUAUAUUUUUAAUUCAAUAUAAAUAAAGAUAAGUCAGUAUUUAAAGAACAAUGGCUAGGCCUAUUACCAAGUCGUUUGGCUCUGUUAUGGAAAUGUUUUCGCACCAUCAGUGACAGACUGGACGUUUUCUCCCAUCAAGUGUCAUAUGUCAUUGUUGUACUACUGCAAUAUUAGUACCAUGUUUCAAGGACACAACAAUAUAUGCAACAUUAUAACCGUCAUCACUGCUUUAUUCAUGUCCAGGUCAUUGGGGCAGUCUCCUCCAGUUCCAUUAGGACGAUUACAUGGCGUUCCGUGUUGAAGCUGUGAAAUGUCAUUCUUGAGUUCUGCUCCUGUUCGACACGCCCCAAAAUACUACUACUCAGGAGAUAUACUAGAAGAUGCGCUGUAGAUUGGCUCCUUGGAGAUUGUGGAUGUGCUGUGGUUCUACUUCUGGAAGACCACACUUGUCACCUCGCUAAAGGGGGAUUUCACACACCUUUUGCAGGACCA